GUUUCCCGAGUUUGGAGCCCAGGAGCCCCCGCGGUUGCCGCGCAGGUGCCCUCCGCCGGGUCGGGAUGGAGCUGCCUGCCGUGAACCUGAAGAUGAUCCUGCUGGUUCACUGGCUACUGACAACCUGGGGCUGCAUCACGUUCUCGGGCCCUUAUCCCUGGGCCAACUUCACCAUCCUGGCGGUGGGCGUGUGGGCCGUGGCUCAGCGGGACUCCAUCGACGCCAUAAGUCUGUUUCUCGGUGACUUGGCAGCCACCAUCUUCCUGGACAUCGUCCACAUCAGCGUCUUCUACCGGCAGGCCAGCUUCACGGACACACAGCGCUUCGGUGCCGGCAUGGCCAUCCUCAGCCUGCUCCUCAAGCCCUUGUCUUGCUGCUUCGUCUACCACAUGUACCGGGAGCGCGGGGGUGAGCUCCCGCUCUGUACUGGUUUCCUUGGACUGUCACAGGAGCGCAGUGACUACCAGACGAUUGACUCACCAGAGGCUCCCACAGACCCCUUUGUAGGCUCAGACGGGAGGGGUCACUCCCCGCAAGGGUACUGAAGCCAGUCCGCUUUGGCCCAGCGCAGGGGCCAGUGGAGCAGACCCCAGAGAUGGCCCAGGAUGCAUCGCCCUCCUUGUGCCUCGGAUGGUAUUCCAGAGCUGUCCCUGACCUCCAUGCCCCUUUCCUGGACUGUGUUCUCCUGUUCCCCAUCACCGCAGGCAAGUGCCCUGAGUGGCCAGGAGCCCCGUGCACACCCAUCCCAGACUCCCUGAGGCCUCCGCUCCCUUCGAAGUACCCCACUGGUCUGAGGCUGGCAACCGUGGUCUUUUUCCUCACGUCCGUUAGCAGCUCCGUGCAGCCCUAUCCAGCCAUACCUGAGCCAGGACUUGCCCACAGUUGGUUAACCUUGCCCACAGAAGCUCUGAGAGCUUUGGGUCAUAGUCAGCCCCCAGAGCAGUCCAGCAUAGAAGUGAGGUCCCUGUGAUUCUCAUGCCUAGUAACUUGGUGCUUGGGGACCUUGGGGCUGGAGGCAGGAGACGUCUGCAGCCCGGAGAACCCCCAUGGCCGCCAACUGCCCUUCCCAUGGCCAUGGCACUCAGGGCUGGGGAAUCCGUAGCUGGGGUGUUUUGAGCCAUAGUUAAUCUCCCAGCUGUGCUGGGGCCUGGAUCUGCCAUUCCUGGGAAGAUUUCUCCUUUGAACCCGUAGAGAAGCUGGCGAGGCUUAGCUGCCGGGCCUGCUGUGGCUGGAGGAAACACAUGCUGGUGACCCAGCUUUGGCCUAGCCUCGGUUCCAGCAGCAGAGGGCGCUGUUCAGUGCGGCCAGUGGGCAUCCGUGUCUCUGAGUCUGAUGACUUGGGUAUGAGUUUGCCUCCCUCUCAGCCACUUUCUGGCUGUGUGCCUUUGAGCGACUUAACGUCUCUGACCUCAGUGUCUUCUGGGAAAGAGCCAGUGCCAGCCCUGGGGGUGAUGAUGUGAACCGCAUGUGUAGUGCCUGGCCCUGCAGCUCCCCAAGCCACAGUGAAGCUGGCGGGUGGCUCCGUGAUCCUGUGACGAUGUGGGGUCAGUAGGCAAGGGGCGACCUCUUCCUGGCAGACCCCGUGUCUUGGUUUCAGGGCCGACUGGGACCAACACCCAUCCAGAAGCCCCAGGCGCCCCAUGGCCAGGUUUCUAAUCUACAUCAACUGGAGUGUUGACCUCUGGAUCUCCCAGGCCAUCCUGGCUUGUCUCCGGUACAGAGAGAUCAAGGCCUAGUGCACAACCCCACCACAGUCCUGUAUCCAUCCAUGCCCUGGGGCUCGGUACCUGUUACCGCUGCAUGAGGGCUGCAGGGCUCAACUCUGGUGCCUGCUCUCAGGGAAUAGACUUAUUAAGAGUCCUCAGUCAGGAGGCAAGAGCUCCAGAAGAGACCCCUGGGAAGGGACCCAUGCUCUGGACCAGAGUGGCUGCAGCUGCAGGAAAGCCGGAAACAGCUCCACCAUCAGAAUGGGACAAAUAGAUAAUCUGUGGCACAUUCAUUGUAUGGCUGUGGUUUGGCAGUUUGUGGGAAUAAACCAGACCCUCUUUCUGUGGA